GUGAUCCUGGAGGAGGGAGGAGCUACCUUUGGGACAGCCGGCGUGACAUUUCCGCAUGUCAAUAAAAAAUACGUUUCUGGAGGAAGGAUUGAAUUAGCUAAAGCUGGCAUGUAAGUAGGCGCUGUACGACUUUCACUCUGCCAUGUGACCAAAGUUGGAAGAGUUUCGAUCACAUGAUUUUUACUUCAAGCCUGAGGAGACACCAGCUGUUUGCCAGGUGCUGUUUGCCUCUUCUUCUACGUAUGGAGUAUGUUGCGCUGAACGCAGAGGGACAGUAAUGCUGAAGUUGAAGCCAAAGUUUGACCUGCACAGAGAUGUGGUGUCUGAUAUUCUCAGGAAGGAGGCGUCGGUCUGCAGAGUGGAAGAAUACUCUGAAGCAGUGGACGCUCGCAUCCUGAACGUUGAGAGAGAUGGAGGCAUCCUGUACUCUUGGAAAGGAGCAACAGGUACCACCAGGAUUGGGAAAUAUGACCCCAACACUGAGAAGAACAAGCUCCUGUACACGUUUGACAAGCAGGUGUGUAUCAGCAGCUGUUCCCUGAAUAAGGAGGAGACGCUGUUAGCUAUCAGUUUGGCACAAAAUGUCCAAGGGCAGGACCACUUCAGACCAAUGUCCAAGUGUCUAACUCUCCUGAUUGAGAUAUAUCCAAUCAACAACACUAAAGUCCUCAAGGCGGUGGACUGCAGAGUCAAAGUGCAGUUCCUCUAUCAAGAAACUGACAGGAGAUCAGUGCUGGAGAGCCAUCUGCUGCUGCUGACUGAAGAUGGAUAUGUGGAUUUAUACCAUGUGCUGCUGACCAGACAGGAGGGUUAUAGAGUGGUGAUGGCAAAUCCCGAACGCUUGUCCAGAACAGCAGAAAGAAUAGUAGAGGACUUCUGUUGGGUCCAAUGGGACGGACACACACAAAGGUUCUACUAUCUGACGCACAAGGAGAAGUUCCUGCUGCGAUGUGUUCAGUUCUACCCAAACCAUCACUGUGAAACUAUGUUGGAGCUUCAAUUAGAGCUGCCUGCUAAUCCCUUCCGCACCGUCAAGUUUGUGAAUCUGGGUUUUGACCAUUAUCACACUGAACAACCGGAGCAGGAGCUCGUUAGGAUGCAAGUAUUCACAAACAGAAUAGGAAGCAUGUGUGUGUGCUACAGCCAGCCUCAGAAAGACAAACAGGAACUGAUCUACACCGUGGUUUUAGUUCACAAAGACUGCAGCAAGAAGUUCAGGGUGUCUCUGGGCUGUGACGAGCAGCCGCCGCCGAAAGCCGCACAGCUCCACCCGCUCUUCAUCUCCAUAGGUUACUACAUCGUGGUGUAUCUGCAGGGUGUUUUCCUCCACUGCAUCAACACCAGGCAGCAUGAGAUGCUCUGUCACUCCCUUUUCCUCUCUGGUCAUGAAGGGAACUUGGACCUGCAGUGUCAGUCAGCUAACAUCACAGUGUUGCAUGGAGAGGGAGAGCCGGGGGCUCGUCUCCUGGAUCUGGCCAGCGGCAGGAUCCACACUGCCGAGCUGAGCCCAGCCUACCUGCUGCAGAUACUGCAGUCAGGCAUGAGCUCUAGGUGUCCCAGCAGUAAGACUGACCCUCAGCGCCUGGCUGCCCUCCACUGCCUGCUGGUUUACAUGGGAAAUGACCCAAACCUGGAACUGAAGAUUAUUGCGUGGCUCUGUGGCAACGUGAGCACCUUCGAAUCCUUUGAUCAGAUCCAGGAGUUCAUUUUAGCCUCCUUGUACAGAAUAGGCUAUGAGAAGUCUCUCAGCUUGGAUAAAGUCCUGCCUUACUCCUCUGUAUUCGAAAAGAAGGAAGUCCCAGACUGUUUGCUGCAGGUCCCUGGUGUAUUUUGUACUACUGAGCUACACAUUGAACCCGUCUUCAAAGGAAGGGCCAGGAGUCUCGAGGGUUUCUGGUCAGAGCUGCAGUGGAACACAGAGAGGACAAAAUAUCUGGAUGCCGUUCCCAACCCCAGAUUCAGAACGUCGCACAUACGGGCCGACUGGGAGAAACUGAAGUCCGAGCGGAGGCCCUCCAGCCAAAUGAAUCACAUCGAGGAGAACACAAAGAAAGUUCUAUCAAUGGUGGACACCUGGUGUCUCGAUAAGAAGCCGGUGCCGCUUUUCCAGGAGGAGGAUCAUCAACAGAGGGCACUCAUAGGCCUGACAGUUGACAAGCUCCGAGAUCACCUCAACAGACACCUGCCUCGACUGGGGAAGAAGAAGAUCGACUCGCUGGUUGUCAACUACGUGGCCAAACUGCUGGAGCUCAUCAGACACAUGCUGGAGUCGGUCUGGCUCAAGUACAAAAUCGGCCCUUGCGCUUUGUGCUUGAUGCAGCAGGGCAGUCCGGCUGAGUGGUCCGUGUUUCACUUCAUGUUUAAGAUCCUGGAAUCCACCCAGAGUCUCUGCCUGCCCCUCCCACCUGGCUAUCAUACGCUCUUUGCAGUGUUUGCUGUGCGCUGCCUCCCUCAUCACACCUUCCUUCAGUACAUUGACCAAGGCUUGCUGCAGCUCACCGAAACCUUCGUGUCUCGUCUCAUGAAAGAUUUGGACAACAGUGAUGCCAGCGAGAGGCUGAAGUUCAGCAUACUUAAGAGACUCCCUGAGCCUAUGGAGCAGAGGAUCUACCAUAUGUGGGAUCAUCCUGUCACUUCAGCCUCAAUCUCCAGAGAUUAUGUGAGGACUCUGCUGGAGAAAGACAACAAAAAUAAGGGAUUUGCUUUUACCAGCAGAGACAAGCCCGGCUUCAGACCCGAGUUUCUGCCGCUUACGUACCUGGCAAAUAAACUCUCUGAUAUAGAGGAACAAGCUCUCAACCCGCUCGAGGAGCAGGAGAACGUGGACGCCAGGUUCGUGGAGGAGACGGCUCUGAAGCAGACGCUAAUACUGCUGGGCUUUGAGGAAAAAUGACGGAUGGGGAAGGGCGGGGCACGGACGCCGGGGCGGACGGUACUGAGGGAGGAACAGAUGAGGAGGAAAAUGUGCUUGAGAGGCCGCGGCGGCCAUCAUCGUCUUGGCCUUGAGGACGAGCAGCGCGCAGACGGAUGGCGGGAGGACGCGGGGCGAGGGAUGAGGGAUGAGCGGAAAGAUUGAGAGGCAGAGCGCUCAUAAACAAGUUCUCACUGUUUGGUGACAGAUUAGGGAGGAGACGGAGGGGACGCUGGAUGGAUGGAGGCGCCCAGACUCAGAGGCACUACAUAUUUUUUUUCCCACCUGCUUUUCAGGAAACACUGAGGAAACACAAUUAAAAUGCAACACGGUCAAAACUUCAAUUUCUGGGGGGAACAUGCUUUUCAAACUUCAAAUCAAUAACAGCAGGCGGCUAUUUACUAGAACUCCGUAUCUGCUUCUCCGGGUCACACACACCCGGGUCGUUCUAGCAUCGACCUCUGCAGCAGAGCGGCCAGAUAUUUAGGUGAUUAUUACUGGAUCUAAAUGACGUUAGGGGGAGCUUUACUGUGAUUCAUCAGAUUUGUGUGGAAUGCGAAUGAACGCCUGGUUUGAAUAAUGCGUCGUAAAUCGCGAUGGAGCCCUUCCUGUAAAUAGAGGAAUAGUUUUGUUGUGGUGGUGCGUUCAGAGUCCGUGUGAUUAUCGACCCCCCCAGACAUCUGGCACUAAAUUCCAGAAAUCACUUGCAUCUCGUGUUUUGCAUUGUGCAACGUUCCUCUCUGAAAUAAGGGAAUUCUCUGUGAUCUUUAUAUGUUUACACUGAAAAAAAAAAAGAAAAUGGAUUGUAAAUAAAGAGAUUUUUGCCAAGA